AUGAGCGCCCCACGGCGGCGCGCCAGCAGCGGCAGCAGCAGCGGCAGCAGCAGCAGCAGCAGCGGCAGCGGCAGCGGCAGCGGCAGCAGCAGCGGCAGCGUCAAGCCGAGCCCCGGUGCGGACGAGGAUGUGGCGGCAGACACCUCAUGGCUCUCAGAAGGCGACGACGACGACGUGGUGCACAACCUUAUUUCGGACCUGGCUCGACUGCCGGCUUCGUUCCGGGCCUCGGCCCGCAACAGGCUGGCCUCGUCCUCGCCUGUCCUGGCCGACGAGGUCUCGGCGGCGCACUCGGCCAUGAUCCGCCUCGCCGCAGAGCCGACGGAUCCGGCCGCAACGGCACCUGUGGCAGGUGCUGCGCCAGAUAGCAGCGUAGUCGCUCCGCCUGCCGAGCUGUCGCGGACGGACCGCUGGAAGUCCCGCCUGCAGAGCAUGGGCAUCACCGGCAGUGCACCGGCGUCGCCGGUCUCAACGUCGCCGGCUGGUGGAGAGGGCGGCACUUCGCGCCGUGCGCCGUCGCGGUCGGCUGCCAACGGCGAGAGUGGCCGUGGUUAUGGCCGCGGCCGCGAAAAGCGGGCGCCAUCGGCGCCGACGCGGACGAUCGAGAAGCGGCGCAAGGCACACGGAAGGAACACGACGCCGUCGCGGUCUCUUGGCCUGCGGACGCGGCAAGAGAUCGAAGCCUCGCUGAUGCGUGGGAUGAAGAAUGUUCCCCCGAUGCCAAGUACCAAGGUGACAACGCCGUCGCCAACCCGGUCGACGCUGCAGCUGCCGCCGCGGUCGCCGUCGCGCGCCACGUCAACCGACGACUAUGAGGACGAGCAUGAUGUGGUACCAGAGCUGCCGUCGCCGCUUGCCCUCUCGGCGCCGUUUGGGAACCGUUCUCAAGAUGCACGGCGGCAGCGGUCGCUCGGCCCGCGGUCGUCGUCGCGAGAGUCGUCGUCGCCGCUGGGCCAUCGCUCGCUCUCACGUGGAAAGCACGGGCGCGAGCAAUUUUCCCGGCCGCGUGCCUCCUCGCUCACCAUUUCGUCCCGGCCUCCAGUUGUUUCAGAUGCCGGCGACGACGACCUCAACGACUCAUCGCACUGCUCGGGCCAGGACGGGGCAACUGAGGAAGACAACUCGUCGCUGAACAAGGCGAACUCGGACUCGUUUGUGGCCGCUACAUCGUCGGCCAAUCUCGCCGAGGCGCUAGGCAUCACCGAGCCGGACCGGCCAGGCUCGGUGGGUCGUUCUCCGCGCCAGUCACCACGUCACGGAACGCGAAACACACCACGGGUCCUUGUUUCCCACCCUUUGCCCCAGUCGUCGGCUUCAAUCUCACCAUCAUCGCCGUCGUCGCCAUCACUGCCGCACUCGUCCCUGCUGGCUGCCAACGAGCCCGACUCGGUCUCACUCACGGUCUCGCCUCAUGGCUCCAACCACCGCAGGCGGCACAAGGCUGACACCGACUCGCUCUCGGCUUCAAUGCCCAUCAUUGCUGGUCUUGAGAACGGACGCAGGGCCAAGGGCAAAGCCAAGGGCAAAGGCAAGGGCAAGGGCAAGGACAAGGACAAGGCCAAGGCCAAGGCCAAGGCCAAAGCCAGGGCCAAAGCCAAGGCCAAAGCCAAAGCCAAGGCCAAGGGCAAGACCAAAGCCAAGCGCGGCUAUGGGCGCAAUCGCAGCCGCACGCGGUCGUCGAGAACAUCAUCGUCAUCGGUCCUGCCGCUCACCAUGUCGUCAUGCUCGUCGUACUCGUUCUCAUCGCGCCCGCGGCGGUCCACCAGGCUGCGGGAGAGCGAGGCGAAGCGUGAGCGCAUGAUGUCACGCGAAGGCGUAUCGAGCCGAAUUGAGCACCGGCGCUCGGUGUGCGAUGUUGCAAGCAUGUCUGACACGUUUUCCGGCUCGCCGUCGGUCUCGUGCUCGCGCUCGGUAACCAUGCACCACUCGUUCGACUCGACAACGUCGUCGCAGCGGACGCGCCAACUCAAGAAGGCCCGGUCAGGCGAGUCGCUCUUGGCGUCAUCGGCGUCGGGCGGAACGCGCUCGAGCCUGCUGGCCAGCUCGUCGUCACCCAACCUGUCGUCAUCUCGGGCUUCAUCGUCGUCAACUCCGGUUGUCCAGCCGAAAAAGUCUGCACUGCGUUCGGCUGCCGCGGCGCGGCCGCUGUCGCGACUGUACAGGCUUGCGGCGCGGGCCGCAGCAGCCGGUGCCGCACUUGGCGGCGUGACCGAUGAUGUCGGUGCGUUGGCCGAUGCCGGUGCCACGCUGCGCAACUCGGUGCUGUCAGUCGUGAGCAUGACUGUGGAAGCAUCCAAGGGAGGCGACGUGAGCGAGCAGCGGGUGGCCGAGCUCUCCAAGUGUGCGCGUGUGAUCAUGGCUUCGUCGAACGCACUGCUGCUGGUGGCGCGGUCGAUGGUAUCGGAGCGGGCCAAGUGUCGCGAUGCCAAGGUCGUGGCCCAUGGCAACACUGUGGCUCGAACGCUGCGGACCGGGCUCAUCGCCUCGCUCGACUUGAGCGAGCGCAAGGCGUUCAGCCGCGGCCCAGGCAAGGCACUCGGAAUCGUGUUCUCCAUCCCACCGCCCAAGCCGCAGUCUCCAAGUCAGAGUAGUCUCGGCACUGUUUGCCCGCCACAGUCGGGCGACCCGGAGCUCUCAACCAUCGCGACACAUCCGCCGCCGUCGCCGAUCGUUGUUGGCGCACAGGAGCUGGCCGCGCUGGAGCGGCUUCAGCGGCGGUGUGCCACGUUGGAGCGCGAGUUGCACCAGGCUACCGAACGCGAGCGUGAACUGGAGUUCCAACUAGCGACGAGCAGCCCGCCGCGGGAGGUGCCACCCCGGCAGCUGCGCAGUCCGGCACGUGUCACGCCCCAUGGUGGGCGGGCAAGGGCCGGUGGACCGCCGGGAGCCUGGGCGUCGCCUGCGCUGGCACGGAUGGCGUCGUCAGGCACACAGCUCGACACCUCGAUUGACGUCCUCAUUUCUGAAAUCGAAGUCGUCGACCGCAAACUCGCCUUUGUCCGCUCCACACCGCCUGCUCCGCUCCAAGACCCGCGGGCAGAGUCUGCGGCUCGGGCCCAUCGCAGCGCAAGUCAAUCCCCAUUCGUGGCCAACUUCUCUUCAUCUUGCUCUUCAUCGUCGCUCUCGCCGCCGUACUAG